CUGAGCCCAUCCAUCGAUCCGCGCUGACCCCUGUCGGGUGUACUCAACUUCCACCACUAGCUAAGCUCCAUCUGCAUCCAUCCAUCCAUCCUCCCAUGGCGUCCGUGAAGCUCGCCGCCGCCGCGCUGGCCGUCGUGCUCGCGUGUGCUGCGCUCGCCGCGACGCCGGCGGCGACGUAUGCGGAGUACCGGCCGGAGCCCGAGCCCUGCAAGACGCAGGCCAUGUACUUCAAGAACUGCCUCCGCCUCGGCCACUGCGAGAAGUGCUGCUUCGGGGUGGUGGCCAACCCGGCGUGCUACUGCGAGGUGGAGCGGGAGGCGCUGAUCGAGUGCGCGCCUGGCCACCACUGCAGUCGCGCCGACAAGAAGGUCAAGAUCGCCGAGAUGAACCUCCCCUGCAUGAAGAACCUCAAGUGCAAGCACGCGUGAUGGGCCGUGGCCUCUUCAUCACGGAACCCACCUUAUUAGCUGCUUCCUACUACAAUGCAAGUAUAUCGAUCUCGUGUUGUGUGCCUGUUUAGUUUGUUCCGACUGCGUGUGCUGGUUGUGUAUGAUAUGAUAUGAUGUUUCUGCUGAUUACUUGUUUCUCCAAAUCGUCAUCGUCGUAGUACGUUUCUACGUUUCUAUCAUGUAUGUGCUCCUAC